AUGUCUGAGUGGAACUUGACCGCGGAGCAGCUGUCGGCGCUGCUGCGGCUACACAACCUGACGCGCGCGCAAUUCAUCGCGCGCUACGGGCUGCGGCCGCUGGUCCUCACCCCGAAGCUGCCCGCGCGUGCCAGGCUGGCCCUCCUGCUGGCGGGCCUGCUCAUCUUUGCCCUGGCGCUCUUUGGCAAUGCCCUGGUGGUCUACGUGGUGACCCGCAGCAAAGCCAUGCGCACCGUCACCAACAUCUUCAUCUGCUCCCUGGCGCUCAGCGAUCUGCUCAUCGUCUUCUUCUGUAUCCCGGUCACCACGCUCCAGAACAUCUCGGACACCUGGCUCGGGGGUGCCUUCAUUUGCAAGAUGGUACCAUUUGUCCAGUGUACUGCUAUUGUGACAGAAAUCCUUACUAUGACCUGCAUUGCUGUGGAAAGGCACCAGGGACUUGUUCAUCCUUUCAAAAUGAAGAGGCAGUACACUAACCAAAGGGCUUUUACAAUGCUAGGUGUGGUCUGGCUGGUGGCCAUGAUCAUAGGAUCGCCCAUGUGGCAUGUGCAGCGACUUGAGAUUAAGUACGACUUCCUAUAUGAAAAAGAACACAUCUGCUGCUUGGAAGAGUGGACGAGCCCCACGCACCAGAAAAUCUAUACCACCUUCAUCCUUGUUAUCCUCUUCCUCCUGCCUCUUCUGUUGAUGCUGGUCCUCUACGGUAAAAUCGGUUAUGAACUUUGGAUCAAGAAAAGAGUAGGCGACGGUUCAGUGCUUCGAACUAUUCACGGAAAAGAAAUGUUCAAAAUAGCCAGGAAGAAGAAGCGGGCUGUGGUCAUGAUGGUGACUGUGGUGGCCCUCUUUGCUGUGUGCUGGGCGCCUUUCCAUGUUGUUCACAUGAUGAUUGAAUACAGUAAUUUUGAAAAGGAAUAUGAUGAUGUCACAAUCAAGAUGAUUUUUGCUAUAGUGCAAAUAAUUGGAUUUUUCAACUCUAUCUGCAAUCCCAUUGUCUAUGCACUCAUGAAUGAAAACUUCAAAAAAAACUUUAUAUCUGCAGUUUGCUAUUGCAUAGUAAAAGAAACCUUCUCUCCAGCACGGAGGCAUGGAAAUUCAGGAGUUAUAGUGAUGCAGGAGAGAGCAAAGCGUUCUGGGGAAGAGAAUCCAGUAGAGAAGAUCAGAGGGGAAGCUUCUGGGAGUGGCAACACUGAUGUCAACUUGUGUGAACAGCAUCAGAAGAAGGAAAAUUCCCAAGUGACAUCUUGCCCUCUGUAG